AUGAGAAUCGAGUUACUGUCGCCGAAGGCUGCUGCCGUCGAGACGAGAAAUUCGUUGUUGUCGGCAACAAAGCUGGAGGCUCUUUACGCGUCAAGUGCGGCAUUUCCUGCGGUUUAG